AUGCUCCCUAUUUUUCUUCAAUUUUUGCUCCUGGCCAUCCCCACGUUGUUGUCUUUCAACGUUGGUGGGGCCAAUUCACAAGCUGUAGGCUGGAAUCCAAAGCAACAUCCCUACCCCAAAGUUCCUCGCGGCAGCAAAACAUGGUCUUAUCGUUCUGCAAAGAAGGGCGGCAAUGAUACUUUCCCAGAUCCCUACUUUGCCUUGGAAAAGCCACUUGACACCGAUCCAGGAGUUAUCAAGUUCAUCGACGAUCAAACCAAAAUGUUGGAUGAUUAUGUUAAAGGAUGCAAAUCCAAAGACAAGAUUGCAAAAGCCAUUGCAGACGCUUUCGAUUAUAGCGAUUAUGACAACGUGCAGUUGAUUGCUCAAGCGGCAAAGCCAUUUUACCUUUACAGCGUAAAAGUAGGAAAAGAUAAUCGUCCAACUUGGUAUACCUGUACGCCAAGUGAAAUGGAUGCAGCAAGAAAGAAUAACCUUGCCACACCUCCAGGUAAGAAGUUUUUGGAUGAAACAUUACUGAGCGUGAACGGAACUGUCAAUAUCCAAUACACUUUCGUCUCAAAUGACGGUCAAUACUUCGCUUAUAUCGCUGCUGAUGCCAAUGCGGACGUGGCAAAAGUAUUUGUGCGUAAAUUUACUUCUCCAUUGGCGCAGGCCAAAAGUUUCCCAGAAGGCGGCGAAGGUGCGUUGCCGGAUGCGCUUCCAUUCAUUGAUGGUAACAGUGGACUUGCUUGGACAAGAGAUAGCACUGGCUUCUUUUACGUGCAAGUUAAUGACGAUCAAAGUGGCGCAAAUGCAGAAAUCGGAUCAGCUGUUCGUUAUCACAAGCUCGGAACACCGUACGAAAAAGAUGUCACGGUCGUACAUCCGGAUAAAGUGGGCCCAAAUGGCAAGCAGAACUAUUGGUUUGUUUGGAUUAGCUUAGAUGGCAAAUGGCUUAUGGUCAUGGGAUUGAACGAUGUGACCGGUCACGCAAAAGCGUACGCGACCCUUUAUGAAGGCCAGACAAUCUCUGACAAAAUGAAGUGGAUUGGCAUUGCAUCCGAUUAUAAUUACAAAGUUCAAUGGAUCGAUGUCAUCAAAAAUGUCUUUUAUUACUGGACGGACAAAGAUGCAAUCGACGGCAAGGUGGUAAAGUCAACACUUGAUUGGAGCAAAGCACGUGCUAUCAAGAAUGAUAUCAGCGAAAUCAAAGACGAUUUGCAAAUGACACAGCUCGUUCCGGAGCAAAAGUUUAGCAAGAUUAUGUACAACUUUCCCUUUGGAGGAGAUAAAGUGAUGUUGGUGUACAUCGUAAAUGGAAGAUAUGUGCCAAAGAUUUACAACUUCAUGACUGGAAAAUUGCUGAAGGAAGCUACGCCGAAUGAACCUAGUUCGAUCUACAAUGCAAUCGGAGAUAAAGAUGGUAUCGUGGGAAUGUAUGCAGGUACAUUCUCACCCAAAACGGUUUACAGAAUCAGUUUUGAAAGCGAUAAAUACUCUGAAACUCUGUUGACUCAACAAGCAAUCAAAGGAACCAAUCCAAACGAUUAUCUCACAGAACAUCUCUUUGCAACCAGCAAGGACGGCACAAAAGUACCUUAUGCGAUUCAGUACCACAAAAGCGUCAAAAAAGAUGGGACUGCAAGCGGAUGGCAACAUUGGUACGGAGCCAAUGGUUUUAUCGAAAACUACUUAUGGGAUCAAUCAUAUUUCUCUUGGAUCAGGAGUCACCAUACAGUUUUCAUUUGGUCAUCCGGUCGUGGUGGUGGAGAUCGUGGUGAACACUGGCAUGAAGAAGGACAAAAUCACAACAGGCAAAAUGCAUACGAUGAUAUUAUCGCCAUUGCAGAAGAUCUUGUAGCCAAGAAGAUUGUUGCAAAGGGAAAACUCAUCGGCGAAGCUGCUUCUGCCGGAGGAAUGGCAGCAGCUGUCGUGGCUAAUCAAGCUCCUCCUAAUACAUGGGGUGCUCUGUUUGCCGAAAGAGCCGUGUGCGACGAAGCUCAGAGACAGCGGACAAGACUUGGUUCUGGUCAAACAGCCGAAUACGGUGAUGUGAACAAUCCAGUCGAUUAUGAUUAUGUGAGAGCAUGGUCUCCAUUGCAAAACAUCAACAAUAAGCAGAAAUACCCUGCAAUGUUGUUCCAACCUGCAGAUUCAGAUGAUCGUGUUGUUGCGGCAAACACUUUCAAAUGUUUGGCACAAUUACAAUAUUCAAACCCAAACAACCCUGCACCUUUGAUGAUGUAUCUGGCAAGAGCUGCAGGACAUACAGGUGCAGGUUUGAGCACGGACUCAUACACUGAUGAAACAAUCGCUCAGCAUUGCUUCGCCGAAUUGGCAUUAGGUUUGAAGCGUACCGAUUGAAAUAGUACAUCCAUAUGACAUUCUGUCACUCCAUAUUUCUACGUCUAUUUGGUUUCCCCCUUCCGCCCUUUCAUUUUCAGAAAGAGAAAUUCCAUGACCUUAUCCCUCUUCUUAAAUAUAACAUAAAAUUAUGUGAACAACGACUUCCCUGUGUUAAUCUUAUCUAGU